AUGUCAAAACAACGUGGCCGUGGCCAUAAUUGUAUUUUGUUUCUGUUUUUCUUUUUACAAAUGAAGAAACUUAUAAUCUAGGUGAUGAAAUUAAUACAAAAAUGAAUGAAAUCGACGGAAAGGAAUUCGCUGAACUAGGCGUUAAGCAAUGGCUUGUUAAACAAUUGUUUACAUUGGGCAUAAGAACACCAACACCUAUCCAAAAAGGUUGCAUAUCACAAAUACUAGGAGGGUAUGAUUGCAUAGGAGCCGCCAAAACAGGGUCUGGGAAGACCUUUGCCUUUGCCUUGCCAAUAUUGCAACAUUUGGCUGAAGACCCCUAUGGUAUAUUUGCCUUGGUGCUCACACCUACACAUGAGUUGGCUUAUCAGAUAGCUGAUCAAUUCCAAAUACUAGGACAGCAGUUGAAACUAAGAGUAUGCAUAGUCACAGGUGGCACAGACCAGCUGGAAGAAUCACUCAAGUUAUCCAAGAGGCCUCACAUAGUGGUAGCUAUGCCUGGUCGAUUAGCUGAUCAUAUCACUGGAUGUGAUACAUUUAGUUUGAAGAAAAUCAAAUAUUUGGUCUUGGAUGAAGCUGAUAGGCUCUUCAGUGAAUCAUUUCAAGACGACCUGGAGACAAUAUUUGAGGCUCUGCCACAGAAAAAACAGAACCUUCUAUUUUCUGCCACCAUCACUGAUGACGUCAGAGAAUCUAAACUUCUGCAGCUGAAUAAAGACAAGCUUAUAACCUGGUCAGAAAGCGACCCGCAGUUGACAGUGACAACGCUGGACCAGCGGUAUGUGGUGUGCCCCGCGUACGCAAGAGACGUAUACUUAGUACAAACCCUUAGGAAGUACAGGGAAACCAAACCUAGUUCGCAUGUCAUCGUCUUCACUGAUACUAAGAAAGAAUGCCAAGUCCUCUCAAUGAUGCUGAACGCGAUCGGCAUGGACAACGUAUGUCUGCACGGGUUCAUGCGACAGCGCGAGCGCGUGUCUGCGCUGUCACAGUUCCGCAGCAACCUCAAGUGCACGCUCAUCGCCACCAACGUCGCCGCGCGCGGGCUCGACAUCCCCUCCGUGGACCUGGUGGUCAACCACAAGCUGCCUUUGGAGCCGAGGGAAUACAUACACAGGGUAGGACGCACAGCGCGAGCGGGCAGAAGUGGUAUGGCAGUAUCUCUGAUAACUCCGUUCGAUAUAUUACGGCUCGGCGAAAUCGAGGAACAGAUCAAAACUAAACUCAGCGAGUACAAAAUCGAUGAUGAUGAGGCAGUGAAAGUGUUCACGACGGUGAGCGUGACGCGCCGCGAGCAGGAGGCGCAGCUGGACAACGAGGAGUUCGAGCAGAGGAAGAGGAACUACAAGAUCAAGCGGUGGAUCAUGGCGGGCGUCGACCCGGACGCUAUGGAGGCUGGUUUGGAAGAAAUGCGUCGAAAACGCAUCAAAGCGGCUAAAAAGGCUAAAUUAGCGAAAAUAAAACAAAUCCAAGCACAAAUAAAAAAAGACGAAGCGGGACAGGAUGACCCAAAUCACACACAACAGACAGAGAUAGAAGAUAUCGAUGCCACGAUAAAGAAAAGCAUGAAAAAAGUUAAUAAAACCCUUAUGAAAAAGGAUGAUAGAUUCAAGAAUGUUAUUGGGAAGAUAAGCAAGAUUAAGAGGAAAGCGGAGAAUGUGAAACAGAAGAGCGUAGAAGAUAGAGGAAUUAAAAAGAAAAAGAAACCUGUUGUUGAUUAAUAAAUUAUGUUAAAUUAU